AUGCCCUCUGUCCGAGAUAUAAGGGUCAGCUCUCUGAUUAAGGAUGUCUGCCGGCUGGUGACGCUUCAACCAUCUCUUUCCGUGGAGUCAAAACAAGCGAUGAUGUCAUUCUCACUGUCCUCUAUCGAUUGCUUCUACCUUCUGCGUCUCUCCCAACACUCGCUCUCUCUCCAUCACCCUUGCGGUCAUACAUGCGCAACUAUCACCUGGGUGAGGACCAAAUCUACCAGAGAUGUCAAAGAGGUGGUGUUUUUCAAGGAGGUGAAGGAGAUUCUGGAUCGAUGGGCUCUGGAGGAGAGGAUGCAGAAAAGGACAGAUGAGGAGAAGAGUAUGCUGUCAGAAGAGGAGCUGAAAUUGGAUGGAUCGAAAAUCGCGGAGCUUCUGAAGCCGUUCGAGCUGCAACUUUAUGGGUGUGAUUGCAAGCAGCAUCCACGAAAGAAGUACAGCAAUACCAGAAGUCACUGUUUCCGCUUGAAGUUCUACUUCACCGAUCGGCGAGGACGUGAGGAGCAAACUGACUCUGCAUUGGUGUGUGCAUUGACAAUCCCGAGGACAACCAUGCCCAUUUUGCAUCCGGCGAACACACAGAAGAGAGAAUGGACGUACACGCCGGAGAAGUUGGCUGCUGUUCGAUUGGAGACGAAUAUCAAGUUUCGCGAGAAGUAUGAAAGUGUCAUUACACCGGAGGAGGUGGAGCCGUUCGUGAAGAGGAGCUUCGAAUGCAGAGAUCCAUUGAGGAUGCUUAUUAAAAAUUAA